CCAAAACACAUUUGCUGUGAUUGGCCAUUCUGAAUGCUUUGGUUUUGAGUUUUACGAGAAUUAAACGAGAACCGCUCAAUCACCAAAGAUUGUAGUAUUAAUUCGUACAAUGAAACCCGCUCGGCUGUAAGAACGGCAAGUAAGGUGCUGCAGUCCUGAUGUCAACACACAAAUCUUUUAUAUUGAUGUCCCAGAAUUAACGCGCAUUUGCUUGAGGUGAUCCUUUUUUAUUCCCAUAACCUAUUUCCCUAAGUUGUUAAUUACAUUUUGCAAGAAUUUAAAACGAUUAUCGAACCGUUGACUAAAUAUUGAUUAUCAAAAAAAUUGCGGCUUCUCACAAAAGCGGGCGAUUUUAAUUGAGCUUUAACGUCGCAUCUAGAGGUCAUAUAUCAAUUAAAGAAACGAAAUUAGGUCGAUAAAUCAUUCCUGUUUUGGCUGCUAUGGUAGAAUAAUAAGGUCCUGUCACUAACUAUUUGUUUUUUCCUUGUUAUUUAUGUAGACGACAUCCGUUCAAGAACAAUGACGGACGUAUUGUUAGCCACGUUACGUCUCGCGUGAAUAAUGAAAGAAAAUGAAGAGAGCAUGACUCAUUUAUAAUCCAUAAAUAAUACCUAAUAGAGAGUCAUACAAUCAGCCGGAUCACCCGCCUGUGAAAAAUAUGCAAAAACACAUCUUUAAUCACCCACCGCUUCCACCGAAGGGAGCAGAAAUUCGUACACAACUACUGCAAUUGAAAACUAUUGUUUGUCGAUUCAUAAAGGGCUAAGUAAUUCACAUGUUUAUGUGCGUAUUGCGAAGAGCAAAAGAAAAAUUUGCUGACGGAACUUGACAAGCCUGGAAGAGAAACUCUUUAACAAGUAGUAGAGAGUCAGGAGAGGCGGCUAAAAAUAGCACAGAUUUCAAGCUGGAGGACAACCCGUCAUGGAAAUCCGUUAUUUACGUCUCAGGACAUUUUACGCCUUCCUGUUUAUUCACUUUGCUGUGUCGGAAAACAUUCAUUUAGGUGUCAUGCUGCCAACAUCAAGGUCUGGAUUUUCUGAGCUUGGAAGAGCUUUAGAACUUGCUAUAGCUCCCGCCAUUCAACACGUUUACAAUCAUAGCAGACUUUCGCGCCAAUGGAACAUAACGUACACCGUCAAAGACAGCGCAUGUCACAAAACAACUGCAGUCGGUAAAACAUACGAACUUCAUAGUGCGGAUGUUUUCAUCGGGCCAGCGUGCUCCGAUUCCUGCUUGUCAGCGGGUUUAUUGGCCUCUUAUUGGAAUAAACCAAUGAUAUCUUACUCGUGUUCGUCGGUGGAGUUGAGUAAGCGAUUCUUCUACAGCACUUUUGCAAGGACACAACCUUUCAGUAGAACAUACUUGCACGAGACCCCGGAUAUACUUUUACAAUCCAUGAGGGUCUAUAACUGGACACGUGCCGCUAUUAUUUCCACAGAGGAUCUCGUGUGGACGCCAGUUGCCAUCUCCAUGACAGAAAUUUUUCAAAAGAACAACAUCAGCGUACCGUUCAAAGGGUUUUAUGUGCCAAGUUCUUCGUUUUCACACAAUACGUUCCUAAGUCAAGUCAAAGAUCAAGCGCGAAUUAUCUUUCUUCUUGCCUUCAAUAACGAGGUGGCGAAGCUUCUUGUAGCGGCGAAUGAACUGGAAAUGAUGAAUGGCGAGUACGCCUUCAUCACACUUGAUUUCACAAUCGACAGUAACUGGGUCAAGGAAUCGUGGGCCGGUGGUAGGAGCAUGGAAGAUUUUGUGGCACUUUUUGAUGGUACUGUUAAUCUGUCAGUGAAGGGGCCACACGGAGAAAACUACGAAACGUUUGUACGACAAUUCAGUGAAACGAUAAAGGCAAACAAUAUAUCAGAACUUUCGGUUACCUUUCAGUUUGCCGCCUAUCUUCAUGACGCAAUACAACUGUACGCUGUUGGUCUUAAUCGAUCUGUAAGUCAAGGAGGGACAAAGAUUGAUGGAUUCUCAAUUAUUACAAACAUAAGCAAUGGCGAUGUACUUUUCAAAGGCAUGUCUGGAGACGUGGCCAUCAACGGGGAAGGUAACCGGAUACCAGUGUUUGUAUUUAGCAACAGACAAAAUGGGCGUUUGAUUCCUAUAGCGGAGAUUGAUCAAACAAAGCCAAACAAUGAAAGUGUCACAGUCUACAAUAUGACCACACUGUGGCCGAAUGGAGUAACGACUGUGCCACUUGAUGCACCUAAAUGCGGAUUCCGAGGAGAAAAAUGCUUGAAGACUCCCGAAGAAAAGGAUGAGGAAGAAGGAUUCAACUAUCUGUGGCUUCUGACCCUGAUGUUGAUGGUGUUGGUUGUUGGCCUUCUUCUCGGCUUUCUUUACUACAAGAGAAAGGUUUAUGAAAGGGAUCUUAUGAAUACGUCGUGGGUGAUAGAUUACAAAGACAUCAUCUUAUGCUCUCGGGGCAGCCGAGUCUCUAGCAAAGUCAAAACCGGUCCCGGCUCGUUCAUUAGCACCAUGGGAGGUGACUUAAAUAUCAGUCUCACAAACGUUGGACGAUAUAAGGCUGAACUGGUGGCUCUGAAGCGACUACGAAAAAACAACAUAGAGUUGAGAAGAGAAGUGUUUGUGGAAAUGAAACAGGUGCGCGACUUAAUACACGAAAAUGUCAAUCAAUACAUUGGAAUGUCCAUUGAGUCUCCCAAUGUGUGUAUAGUCUCUAUGUUCUGCACCAGAGGAAGCCUCCAGGAUCUUUUGGCAAACGAUGAUAUCAAAAUUGACUGGCUCUUCAGGAUGUCAUUUGCAAACGAUAUUGCAAAGGGCAUGGUAGCGUUACACAACAGUCCAAUAACAGCACAUGGUAACCUGAAAUCAUCUAAAUGCUUGAUUGACGGUCGUUGGGUUUGUAAAAUAUCGGACCAUGGCUUGGACUCGGUCAAAGCAAAUCAAACAGAAGAGGAUUUAGGAGAAUACGCCGAAAACAGACGUCUCUUUUGGACUGCCCCGGAAUUGUUGCAAGAAAGGAAUCACAAAAGCGUGCAAUGCACAAAAACCCAGAAAGGCGAUGUAUACAGUUAUGGGAUUAUACUCCAUGAAAUUUUUACCCGCGACGAGCCAUAUUACCAGUUGGAACCGAAAGAUGUCUUGGUGAAGAUAAGAAAGCGACUUGUGCCUGCUUUUAGACCUGAUGUACCAAAGGAUGUGGAGGGAUGUGAUAACAGAUUCAUCCGGCUAAUGCAGCAAUGCUGGGAUAACGAGCCCUCUGUCAGGCCAACCUUCGCUGACAUAAAACUACAGCUGAAGACGAUGAACAGCAGAAAAAAUUUAGACAUCGUAGACAACAUGCUUCAGAUGAUGGAGAAAUACACAGAUCAGUUAGAGGAACUAGUUGAUGAAAGGACUCGCCAGUUGGAGAUUGAAAAAGGCAAAACAGAAGAGUUGCUCUAUAAAAUGCUACCCAAGCCGAUAGCUGACGAAUUGAAGGUUGGAAAAGCCGUCGAGGCUGAGAGCUUUUCAAGUGUCACGAUUUUCUUCAGUGAUAUAGUGGGCUUCACAAGAAUGGCGUCAGAAAGUACCCCAUUUCAGGUGGUGAAUUUGCUGAACGAACUGUACACAUCGUUUGAUAAUGUGAUUGAUAAUUAUGAUGUCUACAAGGUUGAAACCAUUGGUGAUGCUUAUAUGGUGGUGUCAGGACUUCCAGUUCGGAAUGGCAACAAGCAUGCUGGUGAGAUCGCUGCUAUGGCGCUUAAUUUGCUGAGCUGUGUCAAGGACUUCACCGUCCCUCAUAUGAAAACUAAAAAAGUGCAACUGCGGAUUGGCAUUCACACAGGUCCAUGUGUGGCUGGAGUUGUAGGACUCAAAAUGCCUCGAUACUGUUUGUUUGGAGAUACUGUGAACUAUGCUUCAAGGAUGGAAUCUAGUGGUCUUGCACUUCGAAUCCAUGUGAGUCCAGAAUGUAAAGCUGUGUUGGACACACUUGGAGGAUUCUACUUAGAAGAAAGAGGACCAGUCACACUUAAGGGAAAAGGAACGAUUGUGAGCUAUUUCCUGUGUGGUAAAGAUGGAUUUGACAAGCCUUUACCUAACCUGACAGAGGCCGCUUCACUGGAAGAGCAUGAGUUCAAAUAGUGAUUUAAAUCUAGCCAGCAAAGGACCAUUACUAGAAAGGGCUGAAUUGCUGCGUCACUUACAAACACCAAAAUUAAUGGUCGAAGGUGGAUUGUGGGAAUCGUUGAUAGAAAACCAAAUAAACUCGGUGUUUCAUCAGUCGCAUAGCAUAAACGGCCGCUUAAAAGCCCUGGGCUUUUAGAUGGGCUUGUAAACGGAGGGGCUUAUAUCCGAGGGGGCUUAAAAACAGGAAGAAAAAAACGUUUCGAAACGAGCUAUAGCUGCAACAUCAUAAUAAGACGAAUUCAAAGCAAGGUAAGAUAGAGGGGGGCUUAUAACCAGAUGCAUAUGUUGGUCUUCAGGUAGAUUGUCCUAUAAGCUGGAGGAAGGAGCGGGAGGGGGGCGGUGAUAGGCGUAGUUCACGGUAGCAGAAAUCCAUAAAUGCUUACGGACACAAAAAAAAACUUUGAUCUUUGUAACAAGGAACUUUAAAUUUGUAAAUAGACUCAUACCAGUAUUCGUACCUAUCAUACGUUUUCAAAACCCAGACACAUUGCAUUUCGUGAGUUGACCAUUUCCGAGUUGCCUUUUGUCUCUGUGUCAAAACGAGCCUACGUGUGAAACCAUUCAUAUGAAAAUGAGUUCCGCGUUCAGGGUCACUUUCAUGCAAAUCAAGCUCAUUUUCACAAGAAAGGUUUUGUACGAAAACUCGUUUUGAAACAGAGGCACAAGAAAACUUGGAAAUGGCCUAUUUCGUUCGUUGCUCUUACGAUAGUUAGCCACUUUAGAAACGAGAAGAAAUCUGGGGCGAGAUCCAAUUAGCACUCCCCCUGUAGGACCAUUACUUGGGACAAUAUGACGUUCCAUCUUUUGUUUUGUCCCCAUGUAAUGAAAAGUCCCACAAGGGACCGCGAGAUGAAACUUGCCCCAGACUUUUCUCGUUUCUGAAGUGGCGAAUAAAAGACGGAUACUAGGGCACUGAAUGGAUAAAUCAGAACAAGGUACUGGAAAAUAUAUACCACGCUUAGCAAGGGGGAUGAAAUACUUCUAAAAAUGUAAAUGUAUUUUUCUGUAGAGGCCAAGAUGGUGGACCAAGAAAGCUUGUAUUUGUAAACGUAAAAAAAAAUGUAAAUCUUAUUUAUAGUAGUCAUGCACUUAGCUAUACAGCCACUGAAAGAGAUGACAAGAUGUUAAGAAAUAAUUAUUGUAACUAAUAAUGAUAGCAAAACAGUGACUAUAGAUCAGAUAAUAAAGACUUUAUUUAUUACAAAAUACUUUGUUAUAACAACUUUUAAAUUUGGUGAUCACGUGAAAUCUGGGUAUUUCCACUUUCAUAUUCUUCUGUGGUUGUAUCUACAAUUUUAUUUUGAUUUCACAUAUACUGAAAAUACCAUAGAUUCGUUUGACAAAGUGGCAAGGGAAAGGGGUUUGAAUUUAAAACAUUUGUAAGUUUUGCAGUCUUCAGGAAACAUUUCCAGGGCUUCUGGUCUAUUAAUUCAGUUUUCAAAUUUGUUAAAGUGCCUACUUUAUAAUUAAUUUUCAUUAUUUACAAAUAUUUUCUAGUAAAAUGUCUACUUUCAUGAAACUCAUAAACUACUUCUACACUACGAUUUACAGCGGGAAAAGUUCAAGACUUGCGACCUUUUAAGGCAGCUUACAACUGUAACACCAACUGAUCAGCGUUACUUAAAAGCUUUUUAGAAACAAGGUGUGAACAAGCCCAGAUACCUUUUAUAUCAUAAGAUAUUCUUAACUGGGCCGGCGCUGUGGUUUGGUUCGGUUACGCAGGUUUUUCAGCUGAUAUAAUCAAUACACACAGAGAAAAACCACACAUUUGUAUCGAACAAAUGGCUAAAACAAGACGAAGGAAAGCACCGAGUGUUAGAGCUACCGUCUACGGAAGCGAUAACAAUGACAAAACCUUUCCCUGAACCAAAACACUUUCAGACAGCAUAUACACACCUCUUGGCAGAAAGCGGCCUCGAGAUUCGCUUUGAAAAUAUAAGAAAACUUAAACUGUGUCUGUACUGUUGAGCGAGUCUUCAAGCUUAAGUAAUCAAAACCAUAAGGGAGCUGACAAGGUGUUAUCGGGGUGCCUCAUCAAAGACGGACACACCUCAUGCGCUGGUUAUGAAGUGAUGCAUGACUUGUGUAAAGAUGCCUGUUUGAUGCACCGCCGAGCUUUCAAUUUGGAUCAUAUGAAAUUUGUCAACGAGCAAGAAAAACUACAAUCGACAACAAUCGGC